AUGAAAAUAUUUUUUAAUAAAUUGACACGCCGUUUUACCCUACUGCACAAGGCCAUCUUUCAUCAGCUGGGUUUUGAUUUCAAUAAUGAAAUGAGAGAUAGGUUGCUUGUAUUGUUAUUACUCGGAGUAGGGGUUAUCAAAGUAUACGAGGAGUACGAUGAGGAAGAAAAAGAUGAACGUGACCCUAUGGAAUUAAUUAAACAUAAGCAUAGUAAAAGGGAUUUGGAUUCUGUUGAAAAAACUGUCUCAAGCCCAAUACCAAUUGAAGAAGAAACAAUUGAAGCAACAUCUAGGGGCCUUUCACCUAGACUGCGAGCUAAGUGCAAAGAUAUCGAAGACGAAUGUUCUUGCAAACGACUUUUGUGUUUUGGCCCAAAUAGCUGUGAGUGGAUAAACAGCUAUCCGACCGAAGUACUCUCACACAAUGCCACGGAAUUUGUGUGGUUACAUCGCUGUCGUCAAACAUAUUUAAUGGGACAGAAUUUGUGCGAAUGCAAGCGACUAUUAUUCCAUAAGGAGGAUGUCAAGUGGCUGACUCCAGAAUCUACAAGCUUGUCUUUAUUACAGCUUUGA